CUGGUGAUUUCUCUGGGUUUGCCCGCAGUUGCAGUCCAGAGGUGAACUGCAGCCCAUGUUCCUCGCAGCAUUCCAACAUUUUUUAUUUUGAGAUUUUCUAUCAAUAUUGACAUUGCUGCCAACUGAGUGCAUGUGGGUGGUAGAGGGACAGAGCACGGAUAGAUAGUUUUUUGUUUUCGUCAACGGCGCCCUCUCUCUACUCAGACCGGCUGAGGAUGGACGGGAACAGAACCAUCGACCCGAGCUGCAGGGACAGACCUCCCGUGGCCAUCGACAUCAUUUCCCAGUUGGACAUAUUUGGUAUCAUCCUGUACUCUGUGCUGACCUUCAUGGCAGUGGUGUCCAUGCUGGUCUACAUAGAGGAGUGUUGGUACAUCUACCGGAAGGUUCCCUCCCACAAGAAGAGCGCCAUCAUCUGGGUCAAUGGGGCAGCGCCGGUGAUCGCCACCAUGUCCUGUCUGGGGAUGUGGAUUCCCCGAGCCACCAUGUUCACUGACAUGACCUCUGCCUGCUAUUUUGCGAUCGUAGUGUUUAAGUUCCUGGUGCUGAUGAUUGAGGAAGUGGGGGGUGACGAUGCGUUUCUACGGCGAGCAGGGAAAAACAAACUGAGGAUCAGUACUGGUCCCUGUUGUUGCUGCUGCCCCUGUCUACCCCAUGUUAACAUCACACGACGGAGUCUGUUCCUGCUGAAGUUGGGAUCGUUCCAGUUUGCCGUGCUAAAGAUCGCCUUCACCAUACUAUCAAUCAUCCUCUGGACCAAUGGCAACUUCGACAUCGCAGAUAUGGCGAUAACGGGAGCAGCCAUCUGGAUUAACCCAGGUGUGGGGGUCCUGACCAUCAUAGCACUGUGGCCUGUAGCCAUCAUGUUCAUGCACCUCAGGAUCACACUGCGCAGCCUCAAGAUCAUCCCCAAAUAUGCUAUGUACCAGCUGGUGCUGGUGCUGAGUCAGCUCCAGUCGGCCAUCAUCAACAUCCUGGCUAUGAACGGAACCAUAGCCUGCACGCCACCAUACUCCUCACAGGCCAGGGGAUAUUUGAUGAGUCAACAGUUGUUGAUCCUGGAGAUGUUCAUCAUCACCUUGGUAACCCGCCUGUUGUACCGCCGCCAGUAUGACCCACUCCCUGACGACGAGAAUGACGAUGAACACACCAAGAUGGUUAUACCGGCAGAUAAAUCUGACAUAGCGUGAGGGCAAGAGAGACUGUAUCUGUGCAUGUAUUAGAGACAAAGUGUGCGUGUGGUUUUGUUAGAAAGACUGUGUGUUAAAGAGUAUGUGUGUAUGUUAUGUUACACAGGUCUGCAGUAAGAAUGUAAUCAGUCAUGGCAUUUUCUGGGUGAGCAAUGCUGUUAAAAUGAAUCAGAAGUCAUAAUCCCUCAGACAGUGUGUUUGGAAAGUGUUGCUAUUAUGUAACUGUAAUCUAAGAAUUAUUUCAGAAAUGUAUUUUUCCUCAGAAGUUGUAUCUUUUGCCAUAGCCUUGUUGAACAUUAUAGUGUAUUUUCAUGAGCCAUUUAUAAUAUAUACAUUUUGAAACAUUUGCUCUAAA